UAUGUAUGAAGUAAUUUCUGGAUUACCUCCAUAUCAUGAUGUAAGCCAUGAUAUAAAUUUAUCAAUAAAAAUUUGUCAAGGACUUAGACCAAGGUUUAAUAUUAAAGUACCCCAAUUGAUUGUACAUUUAAUUAAAAGAUGCUUAGAUGCAAAUCCAUUGAAUCGACCAACAGCAAAUGAAAUUAAAGAAAUUUUAGAUAAAUGGAGGCAUGAGGUAUUUUUGAGUGAAACAGAAUUACAAAAACAAAUUGAAGAAGCAAGAGAAAUCAAUCAUAGUUUACCGACUAGCAGCAUACCUUCAACUAAUUUAGGAUUAACAUAUGAAACACAUUCUGAAGCUGUUUAUACAAGUAGAUUACUUAAUUUUAAUAAUCUUCCCGAACCAAAAAAUUCUGAUGAUUAUUACGAUGAACGAAAUGAUAAUAUAAUUAGUGAAAAAUUUUCAGAAUCUCUACAAAUUGAUAUUUCACAAUUGAAAAUUAGUG